AUGAGGAAGAAAAUGUCAGCAGAGAUGGAUGUUGUGGUUGUGGAUGUUGUUACUGCUACUGCUACUGCUACUGCUACUGCUACUGCUAUUGCUAUUGCUAUUGCUACUGCUGCUGUUUCACAAAGUGUUGUAAAGUGUUACGUUUGUCGAGCGCCCGAGCAGAUUCUUGAAGUCACUAAGAUAUCAAUGGCUGGAAGCGAUGAAGGAGAGGUAGAAGUAUCGGAUGUGGAGUUUGAGGAUGACAGUGAGGAGGAAAUGGAAUGUGAACUUGUUUGUCUCACUGAUAAAUCGCCAUGUAAUCUUCCUUCCGAUUUUCCAAAGCUAUCUGAAAGAAAUCGAUCGACUCCAAACACUGCUCUUGGUAAUGAUGAUGCCGUAACGCCUAAUGUUGAGGGAAAGAUACCAGACACCGAUGAGGAUGAAUUAGAACCCGAGGAAGUUUUGGAAUCGGGAAAACUUCCGAAACCAAAACACGAUAUUCGAGAACUUGAAGACCCACAAAAGGUUUCGUCGCCAGUUACUAAGGUGCCGAAAUCGGAAGAAGGGUCACGAGAAAGUAGCUCGAAAACCCCUAACUCUAAAAAAUCAAUCAUAUCCACAACGAAAGAGCCCGUAAAGACCAAACCCACAAAAGGUGACCCAAAAUCUGAAACGGAUGUGACUCUUUCGAAAAAGAAACCAAAGGCAGAAUCCAAGAAACCAGACACCAAACCUCAGGAACCUGAUGAUGAGGAGUUUGAGCCAGAGCUGGUCUCAGCCCCUAUAUCAAAAAAACCUAAUCUUAAAGUGAAGGACCCAGAAGAUGCAACUCUUCCGAUGCCAAAACCGAAAAAGAAACCAAAGACAGAAUCCAAGAAACCAGACACCAAACCUCAGGAACCUGAUGAUGAGGAGUUUGAGCCAGAGCUGGUCUCAGCCCCUAUAUCAAAAAAACCUGAUCUCAAACUGAAGGACCCAGAAGGUACUAGACCGAAGGCACCUUUGAAAAUCAAGCCGACGGAGGGUGAUUCUGAGCCUGAAACAGAUGCAACUCUUCCGAUGUCAAAACUGAAAAAGAAACCAAAGACGGAACCUGAGAUAUCGGAUGCCAAACCUCAGGAAAAACCAGACAAACCCGAUGACGAGGAGUUGGAGCCAGAAUUGAUCUCUGUUCCGAAGUCCAAAAGACCUGGUGUUAAGUCUGGAAAACCCAAGGUGUCGGCUGUCAAACCUAAAAGUCCUCUCAAAGUUAAAUUAAUGGAUGAUAGUCCUGAACCGGAAACUGAUGCUACAUUAUCUUUGCCGAAGAAAAAACCGGGAGAUAAGGGACAAGAAGAACCGGACGAGAUCUGCGAAACGAGUUUCACUGUUCCGGAAUUACUCACCGAAAACGGGCCUGAAAACAAUGAAACUGUACCGCGGAAGAGGAGACCGAAGGAAAAAAAGAAGAAACCGAAGCUACAAUGGAUUCCACCACCCAGACCACCACCAGAGCCGUAUGAGAUGCCACCGGAAGAAAAGAAGCUGGCCGAUAUUUUGAAGGAAGAAAAAAUUCCACCAACGAAACGAUAUGCUAGAAGGCCACAACAUUUGGACGUUUUUAUUCCGUUCGAAAUACCUUGGGAGAAUUUACCUGCACUACAAACACAAGAAGGUAUGGGAGCUUUUGGGCAUACUCGAGAUGCGAACAUAAAGGUUGAUCAGGGUUCUAAGCAUCUGGUACAGGGUGAUCUUCACUCCGAGACUGUUAUCCCCCUUUUUUCGCAGGCAGUUGGAGAAAAUCGAUCCGGUAUGUUACCUUUCGGAUCGUACCGAAGGAACAUAUCGGAUGUUAUUGACCAUCAUAAAUUUGAUGACUCUAAGCUCAAAGAAAGUGAUCGUUUAAUUCCAAAGUUGAUGCAAGGUGCAAUACAGCCACAAAACGCUGAAACUUUAUUUGGGCAGAUUCGGAACCAGACACCGCACGUGAAGUAUUUGGACUACAUGUCGCCGAGUUGUGAUCCAGGAUCCCAUGGUUUUAUUAGUCGACAAUUUGCACCGACAUCUACUGAAAAAGCUGGCAGUAGCAUCAUGGACAGACGGCGAAAUGUCAUAGCCAAUGCACAGGGCUCCGGAAAUGAUAUUGGAGUUUUUGAUCGCGCCUCUGAAUCAAUCAUGCCACUUCUUUUCAAUGUUCAAGAUAUCUACCUCAAAAGUGGAGCUGAUUUUGGUGCUUUUCGACCGUUGGUCAGCGAAUCGGAAGGUGGUUACCGGAUGAAUCUGGCUAAUGAGAUCAAAUGCAAACUUGUUGUUCCCUACCAGACGUCGCCAUCACUUGUAACAUGAGAGAACACGAUUUCCGAAAAUCCUUUCAGGAUUUAUUUACUGGAUCGAUAGUGAGUUGAAGUUAGUUUACGCUAUCAUCUGUGCGUAGUUGUCUUCUGUGACGUUUUAGUUUUAUUAUAAAGGAUAUUAAUAAAUGUAAAUAUUUCG